AUCAUUAGAAAUUAAAUUGCGCUGUUCGGGAUGUUUAUCCGAAAGCUCGAUUGGUUCGAUAUUUGAAGGGCAUUAUUCAGCAUGUUACCCGGUCAGUGCAGCGCAUGUUCUCGACCUUUUCCGCGAAAUCUUGCGUGCAUUUGGAAGACCGCGCACAAGUCAUUUCGAAACCGAAGCCAUGUCUAGCACCGUGAAAAUGUCUCGCGACACCGGCGGCGGCAACGGCGGCAACUCCCGGGCAAACGUCUUCUCGUUCCUGUCGCACGUGCAGUCAGGACACUUGAUCGCCGGAGUGACCGGCGGGGUCGCCUCGACCUUGGCCGUCCAUCCGUUCGACCUGCUCAAGAUCCGACUGGCCGUCAACGACGGCAUCGUCUCGAGUCGACCCCAGUACCGAGGCUUCCUGCACGCCAUCCGAACCAUCUUCAAGGAGGAAGGUCUGAUCGGAUUCUAUCGCGGCGUCUCUCCUAACUGUCUCGGGGCCGGCGCGUCGUGGGGCUUGUAUUUCUUCUUCUACAACGCGAUCAAGACGCAGAUGUCCCAGCGGUCUUCGUCGACGCAGCUGGGACCCGGACAACACAUGCUGGCGGCCGCGGAAGCCGGCGUCGUCACUCUGCUCAUGACCAACCCGAUCUGGGUCGUGAAGACAAGAAUGUGCCUUCAGUACUCGACGGUCAAGCUCCCGGACUCGUUGAGGUACACGAGCAUGAUGGACGCCUUCAGCAAAAUCUUCAGGCACGAAGGAGUCCGCGGCCUGUACAGAGGGUUCGUGCCCGGCGUGUUCGGUGUGUCGCACGGGGCGUUGCAGUUCAUGGCUUACGAAGAGAUGAAGAAGUUCUACGUGCAGUUUUACAAAGACAACGCCCUGAAACAGCUUGGCACGCUCGAGUAUCUAGUCUUUGCAGCGCUUUCCAAGUUGUUCGCCACCACGGUGACCUACCCAUACCAGGUGCUUCGUGCGAGGCUGCAGGAUCAGCACAAUCAGUACUCCGGUGUUGUGGACUGCAUCGUGAGGACUUGGAGAUUCGAAGGCUACAAGGGCUUUUACAAGGGGCUCGUGCCGAACAUUCUGCGCGUCACGCCGGCCACGGCCAUCACUUUUGUAGUUUACGAAAAUGUGUCCAAGUUGCUCGUGAAGUAGGGCAAGGUGAAAUCUGGCCUUGCAAGAUUUAUAGUUAUUGAUUGUGUAAACUGUUAUGCUGAAUUCGAGGUUCGUUGAAUAGCAGACGUACCUUUUUGAAAAGGGUUUGUCUGGAACCCAUCCGAUCUCGCCUCGCAAAAUAUGUCUCAUGGAUUUCGAGAAGUAACGGCGGUUUAUUCGGUCCACUGGGUUGGAAAUCUAUUUGGGUCUACACUUUGGGAAAAGAGCAGUAACUUGUCUGAAAGAAGGAUGUGUAAGUCGCUGUUAAAUAUUCAUAGCUGUUUUAGUGGCUAGCUACCGUAGAGAUCAUUUUUGCCGGCAUCGACUUUCAUCAUUGUAGAGAGCACUGCAUCCCUUGUGGGCAUGCCAAAGACUGUUGCACCAUGUUACGCUUUUGCUUCUCGGUGCAGUGUCUCCAGAGCCAUAUUGCACUUGUUUCUGUUAACCUUUUGUGAUUAGAGGUGCCACUCAUAUUUUACAGUGUUGGUAAUUUAGAUGAUUAUAGCAAUAUGUUUUUUAGCACUGUUUUGAUACGUGAACUGAGUUGGUUCCAAGCACUGACUAGUCAUGUAUGCAGCUGUUGAAGAGUUAUUAAAAUAUUUAAAAUGCGUU